AUGGGAUAUGGUUCAGGGGCUCAGUGUGCGGUAUAUGACAUUACCCCUCCUUCACCUCAUUCCCCUGUCUUAUCUGUUUUCUCUGAUUCUUCUGACUCUAACUCAUCCGACAACCACAAUUAUCUUACACACUACUACAACUGUGCUCAAGACACCAUCACCACUCUGUGGGAUGAGGUUAAAAAGACUUGUGUACUCCACAGGCCUGAUGAACCCCUCCCACGAGCCCCACAACUUCAUCUCCUUGUUCAUUUUGUCAGGGAUCUGGAAACUCCGGCACCAUCCGUCUGGGUCCGUCUGGGUCCAUCCGGCUCCAUCCGGGUCCACGAGUCUUCUGUUGCCUUUUACCAUCGACGUGACAUCAACACCAUCGACAAUACUUGCACAAUGAGCUCCUUCCAACUGCUUAUCCAACAGCUUGAACUUAGUUCUGAUGCAAUAACCACUGCCUCCAUCAGCUCUCUUUUCCUUUUCAUCACAAUUGGAACCACACUCAAGAAUGACAUCAUCCUCGCAGAACCAUCAUCGACACCAAUCAACGAGCCUCCAGAUGUUCUCCCCCCUGCAAUUGCUAAGUUCCUUGGUGCAGGGUGCUCUAUAUCCCUGCUCAAGUGA